UGUGCAUAAAAUACAUGUCUAACAGAAUGUUUGCUCAAACCGUACUAAGAUCAAUCUAAUUGAAAGUGAAAUCGUGCAGCGUACAAAGAUCUUAGUGGUUGUUUCAUUAAAAAAAGAAAAAAACAGGUAUCUCACUAAUUCACUUUCAUAGUGCGAAACACGCUGUUGAAUAUGGUCGACUGUAUACUGGCGCAUUACUAAAUGAGAAACGCUUUGUGUGCUUCUAGAAACAUCUCUGCGGAUCUGCACGAUGUCACUCGUCGUAAUUAUGGAGUGGUUACAUAGUGGGCGCUCUUCUUUACGUUUGGGGCACAAUGUUGCCACCACCACCUGUGGCGAUAUUUCCGCCUGCAGCCGCAAUGCUGUCCCGUGGCCCGCCGCAAUUUGCAACGCCAUAUCCGCCACCCAUUUUUUACUGGCCUUACCCUUCACCGCCGGUUAGCCCGACUAAUUAUUACACCCCCGCAAACGUCGGCGGUAUCGCACCCAUUCCUCAGCAAGCUGCUCUGUUAGCGCCAGCAGAAUGUCUGCAAUUAGCACCCGGGGCAACGACGCUGCCGACAACCACGACCACGGGACCUGACGCGCGUAUCGAGGCGUAUCUACCACGAGUGGAGUUGGAUAAACGCAUGACGGCGUUGCCUCCACCACAGACCGAUUGCAAUUCUUUCGUUGAGGUUUUCAUGGUUUGAUCAUCUCAGCGGAUCCUCUUGCCUGGCCCAGUUCCUUGCCUCCUAGACGCGAUCCCAAAUUGGUGAGAUGAGUGAUCGAUAUUUAGGACCAGCUAAAACGUGGAAUUGCGUGAUUCAAGGGAAAAAAGAUGAUUCAAGGGUAAUCCUUGAGAGAACGGUCCUCGUUGUUGUCUUUAUCGACGUCAAUGAGGCUUAACGAUAUUUUUUAUUUUUUGAACGCAUCGUACGUAGAUAUAGACAAGGCAAAGUGCAAAUGUAAAGGUGUAAUUUUUCUUCUACGCGUUUUUCCAAAGGAAAUCAUUUCUUUCGUAAAUUUUCGACGCGCCGCCAUAGCGGUGCGUUUCUUUCUAGUCUAGAGAUAGAUAGAAGCCGUUGUGGCGCGAUAUACAGCGGUGUCGUUUCUUUCUCGUCGUUUGUUCCGAAUUUUCCCUCUCUUGGAAUGAGACGAACCGUAUAUCACAUUCUCCUCCUUUUAAGAGUCAUGACACAGAAAAACGUAAGGCAAUAUGACAUAAGCAAUAAGCAAAUCAACCAAUUUGAAUAGACAUCUUACUCUUAUGGUAAUAAGCAAUAAUAGAGCCAAAAUGUUGAUUUGCUUACUGUUUACAUCUAAUUGCUUAAGUUUUUUGUUCAUCAUAAUCUUAAUUUUCCUCUCUUUUUUUUUUUAUGUAUUUUAUUCCUUUACUAUGUUACAUUCUUAUCAUUUCCCAUUGCAAUGACGGCAAUUGGAAACUUCGCGUACUUUUACCCGCGUCGAGUUGAAAAAGCUUGCGGGAAUAGAUAUAUAUGAGCAACCGAGUCGAACACGUCUCGGAUUAUAUACAAGAUAAACAAAUUACCCAUUAAAUAGAUUGUAAAUAAUACUUAUAUUUAUCGUUAUAAGCGAUUGUAUCGGACAAUAAAGAUGUAGUCCGUGCCGCGCAUUCGCUUUUGCAAUUAAAUGCGUCUUGAUUUGUAUCAGAUAUGCCAUGGUUGAUAUUUAGAAUCGACAUUACAUACGG